AUGGCCACGUCAACCAUCAAAGAUUUUCUUGUAACUUAUUUAAUGCCAGAAAAAUGCUACUACGAGCUCUUCCUGAACUUUCACUUUCACGUGCCAUGCCUAAAGUUCGUACUAAACAAAACUGCCGGAUUCUGGAUCAUACUGGACACAUUCCUGGCACAACUGCCUCAGUUGAUAAAGAUAUUAUGGGGAGGAAGUGCAGAGGGUCUGAGUCUUAGCGCCUUCUUCUUGCAGCUUUAUGCUUUCUCAUGUCCUGUUGUGUACGCUAUAGCCAACAACUUCCCUCUCUUUGCCUGGGCUGAUAGGCUCUUCACGCUUGCCCAGACAGUGACGAUCGUCUUCCUCAUCCUCCAUUAUCGCGGUGAUACGGUCCGAGGAGUUCUGCUCCUCUUUGCUCUUAGUGGUGUAAUGCUCCUCCUGCGCUCCUAUGCAGCAGCAGCAGUCAUCUCAUUCAUACAGGCCUCCAGUUUGGCGGCUUUCAUUGCAAGCAAGGUUCUCCAGGCUACAACAAACUAUCACAACGGCCACACGGGUCAACUAUCCACUCUGUCAGUGUUGCUUUCAUUUGCAGGGUCUCUGGGUGUGGCCUUUGUUUCUUUACAGGAAAAUGGAAACUCUCCUGUGAGUUUGUCACACAUACUGUCAGCCUGUCUCAGCUGUGUCCUCCUGGCUCAGAUCCUCUGCUACAAGGCCGGUGCUGUCAGCACUACAAAGAAGACAGCGUAGAGCAUGGAGGAAGACUUUCUUUUGGCUGAGGUAUCGGAAACUACAGCAAAAAUUUCUGGCACAACUUCACCUACUUCCAAGGUGCAUGGAGAGGAUGAAAGAAUUCACAAUGCAGG